CAGGAGGGGGCAGGAUAGGAGGGAAGGUAGCGAAAACAGAAAAGGAGAGGACCAGAGAGACACAGCGACUACUCACACGGGACAGAGCCCCCGAGCAUGGCUCCCCUCCUGUUCCCUAACGGGUUGGUGGCCCUGCUGCUCCUGGCAGGUCUCUGCUUCCCCUUUAAUCUGGAUGUGCGUCACCCACGCCUAUUCACGGGGCCACCAGAGGCUGAGUUUGGAUAUAGUGUCUUACAGCAUGUUGGAGGUGGACAGCGAUGGAUGCUGGUGGGAGCCCCCUGGGAUGGGCCUUCAGGCGACCGGAGGGGGGACGUUUAUCGCUGCUCUAUAGGGGGAGGCCACAAUGCCUCAUGUGCCAAGGGCCACUUGGGUGAUUUUCAACUGGGAAAUUCAUCUCAUCCUGCUGUGAAUAUGCACCUGGGAAUGUCUCUACUCGAGACAAAUGGUGAUGGGGGAUUCAUGGCCUGUGCCCCCCUGUGGUCUCGUGCUUGUGGCAGCUCUGUCUUCAGUUCUGGAAUUUGUGCCCGCGUGGAUGCUUCCUUCCGGCCUCAGGGAAGCCUGGCACCCACUGCCCAACGCUGCCCCACAUACAUGGAUGUGGUCAUUGUCUUGGAUGGCUCCAACAGCAUCUAUCCGUGGUCUGAGGUGCAGACCUUCCUCCGGAGGCUGGUAGGGAGACUUUUUAUUGAUCCGGAGCAGAUACAGGUGGGGCUGGUCCAGUACGGGGAGCGCCCUGUACAUGAGUGGUCCCUGGGAGACUUCCGCACCAAGGAAGAGGUGGUGAGAGCCGCGAGGAGCCUCAGGCGGCGGGAGGGACGAGAAACAAGGACCGCCCAAGCGAUCAUGGUGGCCUGUACAGAAGGAUUCAGUCAGGCCCGGGGGGGCAGACCCGAGGCCGCCAGGCUCCUGGUGGUCGUCACAGAUGGCGAAUCACAUGAUGGAGAGGAGUUGCCAGCAGCGCUCAAGGCCUGCGAGGCCGGGAGCAUCACACGCUAUGGGAUUGCGGUCCUUGGCCACUACCUCCGGCGGCAGCGAGACCCCAGCUCUUUCCUUCGGGAAAUCAGAGCUCUUGCUAGUGACCCAGACGAGCGAUACUUCUUCAAUGUCACUGAUGAGGCCGCCUUGACGGACAUCGUGGAUGCCCUGGGCGACCGGAUAUUUGGCCUUGAGGGGUCCCAUGGAGAAAAUGAAAGCGCCUUUGGGCUAGAAAUGUCUGAGAUUGGUUUCUCCAUUCAUCAGCUAAAGGACGGGGUUCUCUUUGGGAUGGUAGGGGCCUACGACUGGGGGGGCUCAGUGCUGUGGCUUGAAGAAGGUCGCCGCCUUUUCCCCCCACGAACGGCCCUGGAAGAUGAGUUUCCCUCUGCGUUGCAGAACCAUGCGGCUUACCUGGGCUACUCCGUCUCCUCCAUGCUUUUGCGAGGUGGACACCGCCUCUUUCUCUCGGGGGCUCCUAGGUUUAGACAUCGAGGAAAAGUCAUCGCCUUCCAGCUGAAGAAAGAUGGGGCUGUGAAGGUCGCCCAGAGCCUCCAGGGGGAUCAGAUUGGCUCAUACUUUGGCAGCGAGCUCUGCCCAUUGGAUACAGAUAGGGAUGGAACAACCGACGUGUUACUUGUGGCUGCUCCCAUGUUCCUGGGACCCCACAACAAGGAGACGGGACGUGUUUACGUGUAUGUGGUGGGCCAGCAGCAGUCUUUGUUGAUGCUCCAAGGAACACUUCAGCCGGAACUCCCGCAGGAUGCCCGGUUUGGUUUUGCCAUGGCUGCUCUUCCUGAUCUGAACCAGGAUGGUUUCGCUGACGUGGCUGUGGGGGCACCCCUGGAGGACGGGCACCAGGGAGCACUGUACCUGUACCACGGAACCCAGAGUGGAGUCAGGCCUCACCCUGCCCAGCGGAUUGCUGCUGCGUCCAUGCCGCAGGCCCUCAGCUACUUUGGCCGAAGUGUGGACGGCCGGUUAGAUCUGGAUGGAGAUGACCUUGUAGAUGUGGCUGUGGGAGCCCAUGGGGCAGCUAUCCUGCUCAGCUCCCAGCCCAUUGUCCGUGUGGCCCCCUCACUGGAUGUGAAGCCACCCCAUGUUAGUGUGGUUCAGAGAGACUGUAGGCGGAGAGGCCAGGAGGCAGCGUGUCUGACUGCAACCCUUUGCUUCCACGUCACCUCCCACACUCCAGGCCGCUGGGAUCGCCGGUUCUCUAUCCGGUUCUCAGCAGCACUGGAUGAGUGGAUGUCGGGCGCACGCGCGGCGUUCGACGGCUCUGGCCAGCGGCUGUCCCCUCGGCAGCUCCAGCUCAGUGUGGGGACCGUCACUUGCGAGCGGCUGUUCUUUCAUGUGCUGGAUACAUCAGAUUACCUCCGCCCAGUGGCCUUGACCGUGACCUUUGCCUUAGACAACACCACAAAGCCAGGACCUGUACUGGAGGAGGGUUCACCGACCUCCUUACAAAAGCUGGUCCCCUUCUCAAAAGACUGUGGUCCUGACAACGAAUGUGUCACAGACCUGGUGCUUCAAGCCAGUAUGGACAUCAGAGGCUCCAGGAAGUCCCCAUUUGUGGUUCGAGGUGGCCGGCGGAAAGUGCUGGUGUCCGCAACUCUGGAAAACAGGAGGGAAAAUGCCUACCACACGAACGUGAGCCUCAGUUUCUCCAGGAACCUCCACUUGGCCAGUCUCAUUACUCAGAGGGACGGCGCAGUGAAGGUGGAGUGUUCGCUCCCUUCCCUCCAUGCCCGGCUCUGCAGCGUGGGGCAUCCAGUCUUCCAGGCUGGAGCCAAGGUGACCUUUCUGCUAGAAUUUGAGUUUAGCUGUGCCGUGCUGCUGAGCCAGGUCCUGGUGAGGUUGGCUGCCACUAGCAGUAGUCUGGAGAGAAGUAGGACCCUUCAAGAUAACACAGUCCAGACCUCUGCCUACGUCCAAUAUGAGCCUCACCUCCUCUUCUCUAGUGAGUCCACUCUGCAUCGCUAUGAGGUUCACCCCUAUAGGACCCUCCCAGUGGGUCCUGGCCCUGAGUUCAAAACCACUCUCAGGGUUCAGAACCUCGGCUGCUACGUGGUCAGUGGUCUCACCAUCUCAGCCCUCCUUCCAGCUGUGGCCCAGGGGGGCCACUACUUCCUGUCACUGUCUCAGAUCAUCACCCGCAACGCGAGCUGCACGGUGCACAACCUCACCGAGCCCCCGGGGACCCCCGUGCAACCCGAGGAGCUUCGGUACACCGGCAGACUGAAUCAGAGUAAUAGUCGGUGCCAGGUCGUGAAAUGCCACCUUGGACAGCUGGCAAAGGGGUCUGAGGUCUCUGUCGGACUGCUGAGGCUGCUUCACAAUGAAUUUUUUCGGAGGGCCAAGUUCAAGUCUGUUACAGUGGUCAGCACCUUCGAGCUAGGAACUGAGGAGGGCAGCGUCCUACAGCUGACUGAAGCCGCCCGUUGGAGUGAGAGCCUCUUGGAGGUGACCCAGUCCCGCCCCGCCCUUGUCUCCCUGUGGGUCCUCACUGGCAGUGUCCUGGGGGGACUCCUUCUGCUGGCUCUCCUUGUCUUCGCCCUGUGGAAGCUUGGCUUUUUUGCCCGCAAGAAAGUCCCCAAGGACGAAAAGAGAGAUGACAGGCCGCAGCAGUGAAUGUACAAAGAGGCGCAGAAGGUUCCCCUUGGCAGCUUUUUCAAGAGACGUGUGUCGUAAAGAUGCCUGCAGGCUGGAAGGGGACGAGCAGCUUCGGGACGGUCUCUCCUGACCUGACUUUUGAGUCGCGGGGAUGCUGCUGGCGUCACCUGGGACGGGAAGGGCUGGCACCCACCGAGGCCGGCAAUGCCCCCCACCCUGCGCUGGCCUCCUCUUCACGAUCCCAACACUGGGCUCAUUGGGGCCCCUGUUUUCCCCAUUUCCAGGAAUCAAAAAUUAUUAUUAUUAUUAUUAUUAUUAUCAUUACCCAGGUCCCUGAUUCCUUUCAGAGUCCCUCGUCCUCCCUCGCAAUUUGGCAAGGAUGCCAGUCAUCGGUGGUCCCUCCCCCCUCCCCAACACACACCCCAAACUCUCACCUUCCUGCCUGCUGCUUCCCCGCUCCACAGGAGGGAGCUGACGUUGGCUUUCGAGAAGUUAAGUCAACAUGUGCUGCUCUCCCGUGGCCUCCAGUGAUUCAUAGGGCCGGAUGGGGAGAGGGUGGAGAAAAAGCCACAAGAGACAUUCCGUAUAAAUGCAAGGAACAGAGAUCCCUUUAGACAGGCAACAGCCAUCUCCCUCCCCACCCCACCCCCCCGAAACCUGAGACUUGGCAGUGCACUCGCCCGCCCUCAGGUGCUGGAGAAAUCGAGCUGCCCCCCUCCCUCCCCACCCAGGCCUUUUUUUCUGGGGGGGGGGGUCGGUGUUCCAACCCUCCGCUUACUCCCCCCCCCCCAGAAAAGCCGGGGGCUGGUGGUGGGUUUUCUGGAGCCAGGCGCCCCCAAGUGGUCGGAGAUGGAAUAGCAGCGAAGACUCCCCGAGGCGGUGUUUUUUCCACUUCUCUCAAAACCCUGGGUUUGUUUGUUGUUGUUUUUUUCCACUUUUCUUGAGCCCCAGUUGGGGCCUCCUUGUAGAUAGCAGAGAAAAGGGUGGAAAUCCUCUCACAUCACCAGCUUUGGGACACGGCAGCCCCAGAGGCUCUGCAUUAAGAAGCCGGAGUGGGGCUGGAGAGAUGGCUUGCCUGCAAAGCCAAAGGACCCAGGUUCGAUUCCCCAGGACCCACGUAAGCUACAUGCCCAAGGUGGCGUUCUGGAGUUCGUCUGCAGCGAUUGGAGGCCCUUGCGUGCCGAUUCUCUCUCUCUUAUGUAAAUAAAUAAAAUAAAAAUAUUCUUAAAAAAAAAAAAAAACCCGAAGUGGGGGAGGCCCUACUGGCAAAGAAGUCUUGACUUGUCCUGUACUGGUUGCGAGGCACAAAUAACUCCUAGUUCUAUGUUGAAGGCUUUCCUCUGUUGGAAUGAGUUUGCAACAUUACUUGAUGUUUACUGGGAAUCCCCAGGUUAAUUUCUAUAUUUUGGUCACGGAUAAUAAAGGCAACCGGAUUCUCACAGA